AUGGUAUUCAACACUGCAUUUUUGGCAAGUUUUGUUGUUUAAUCGCGCUUUUUACAACUAAUAUAUUAAAUUGAAUUAAAAUGGUUCUUAUAAUGCGUGUUUCUCCGCCGGAACAUGGCCUGCUGUAUACGGCAAACAAUAUCAAGCUGAAACUAGGCGACAAAGUGGUGGGCGAAGGCACAGUUUACAUUGCACAAAACACGCUAUCCUGGCAGCCAACUGAGUUGCCGGAGGGUAUAUCCAUUGAGUGGAAGCAGGUGAGCCUGCACGGCAUCUCCUCGAAUCCGAGGAAGUGCAUCUACUUCAUGCUGGACCACAAAGUCGAGUGGAACGGCGUCUAUGGAGAUCCCCCCCAGCAUGCAGUCAAUGGUCGCAAUGGCGGCGGUUCGGAGGCGGAAGUGGACGAGGGCAAUGGGAGCGAUGAGCACGAUGACGACGAUAAUUUCGAGGAUGCUGUAGACGAGCAGUUUGAAGAGGUCACAGAGUGCUGGCUUCUGCCGGACGACAUUCACACCGUGGACACUAUGUACAGUGCCAUGACCACUUGUCAGGCCCUACAUCCUGAUUCUGCAGACAGCGAUUCGGAAGACAGUGACCCCAUGCAGGAUGCCGGUGGCUUAGAGGAUGAGGCCAUGGAGGAGGAGGAUGCUUUGACGCUGGGACGCAACGGCGUGCAGAAUCUUAGUUUGGACGACGACGACGAACGAUUUGAGGACGCCGACGAGUGAAGCAUAAACUAUUUAUACAUCAAUAUCCCCUUUUAUACCAGAUAAACUGCACGAGUUUUAAAGAUA